AUGACGUCCGAAAAAAAGAAGAUGUUCCCAUUGUUUAAUUUGGUUGUUAAAAAACAUAAAUGCUCUGAAGAGGACGACGUUGUUGAUAAUAAUCCAUGUCAAACAUAUGAAGACGAUACAAUUUCUGCUAAAGACUUAGAGACUGCUCCAGUGCCUAUCAUCUCAGCUGUAGAAAAUCAUAAUGAUAUGCAUGAUAUUGCUUCUUUUAUAAAAAACCGCUCUUUACAUGAAUCUGAGAUUAUUGCUUGCUUGAAAUUUACUUGGGAGCCACCAGUUAGCUUUGCUUUUCCAGUACAAUUAGAAGGCAAUCGAACCCGUAAAUUUCAACAUAAAUAUUUACAACUAUUUCCUUGGUUAGCUUAUAGCAAAGAUAAACAAGGAGCUUUUUGUAAAUGGUGUGUUAUUUUUGCAAAUUCUGGUGGAGGAGUUGGCAACCAGCCUCUUGGUAAACUAGUUAAAAUACCAAUGGUCAAAUAUAAGCAUUGUCUGACUGAUUUAAAGAAUCAUGCCAAGACUGAAUAUCAUCUUCUUUCAGCACAGAGGGCUAAUGAUUUUUUGCAUAACUAUGAAACUGGAAAUGAAAAAGCUGUUAAUGUACUUCUUGACAACCGUAAUAGGCAAGUUAUUGAAUAUAAUCGCAAACGGCUCAUACCUAUAGUAAAAACAAUUAUAUUCUGUGCACAAAAUAAUUUAGCUCUACGUGGUCACCGAGAAAUAGGUUCAAUAAAAGAUAAUGACACAAGAGAAAAAUGUUUGAGUGGAGAACAAGGAAUUUUUCGUGCCUUACUAUCUUAUAGAAUUGAAUGUGGCGAUUCAGAUCUUUUAACUCAUUUAGAAACUUCCAAAAAAAAUUGUACUAUGAUUAGUCCUACCAUACAAAAUGAAAUUAUUGAAGCAAUUAGGCUUGUUAUUCAAAAUAAAAUUGUUGAAAGAGUUAAAACUUCUAAAUUUUAUUCUAUACUUUGUGAUGAAACCACCGAUGUCAGUACAGUAGAGCAACUUACUUUAUGUGUUCGGUAUGUAGAUGUACCUAACUGUGUAAUCCGUGAAGACUUCUUAGGUUUUAUCAAAAUGGAAUCAACAACAGGAAUUGCUAUAGCGACUGCAAUUCAAAAUGAAUUAGAAAAUAUAGGUCUCACAUUGGAAAACCUUCGUGGGCAAGGUUAUGACGGCGGUUCUAACAUGUCAGGUGUUAAUAAUGGUGUACAAUCAUUAAUUUUAAAAAAACAACCAUUAGCUUUUUACACGCAUUGUUUAAGUCAUUGUCUUAACUUAUGUCUGUCUAAAGCUUGUAAUGUACCUGCAAUAAAAAAUAUGAUGGGAACUAUUCAAUCUGUUUCUGGUUUUUUUUCCAACUCUGCAAAACGAACAGAAAAACUUAAGUCUGUUAUAGAAAGUACUGAAAUUUCAGAAUCUAAUGAAUCCAGUUUAAUUAAAAAAAAAAACUUAAAACUAUCUGUGAAACCCGAUGGGUUGAAAGGCACACAGCUUUAA